GCCGGUUCCCCCGCCGCCGCCAUUAGAGGGCCGCUUUGUGUCCGCUGGGCCCGCUGGUGAGUGAGGGCCGGCCCCGCCCGGCGCCGCGCCGCACCGCGGGGAGGGGGGGCGGCCCGCUGGGGCGCGGAGGCGGCUUGCCGGAACUGCCCUCAGCGCCGUGCCGUGUCGUGUCGCGAUAGGCCUCGCCGUGGGGGGUGUCGCGGCGCGGCCCGGCCCGGCCCGCUGCUCCCGCCCGGUGCUCGUGCAGGCCUCGAGCCGGGCCCCAGCGCCGCCUCACCGCCGCCUGUUCGUUUUCCCCCACCGUUCCGUUUAUUUUCCUCCGCUAACUCGAUUCUUAGAGCCCGGAGGAGCGCAGCGCUCCGGGGCCGCGGGCUCGGCGUUCCGUGCCCGAAGGGAGCCGCGGGUCCCCGCGCUGCUGCGGGCCGUGCUUUCCCCCCGGCAGGCCGCGCAUCCCGCGCUGUGCUGCCGUAUCCCUGACAGGAGAGCGGUGUAGCGGCUGGUGCGGGGCGAGGCGGCUCCCCCCAGCUCCAGGAGGAGGAUGUCGCCUCCCCAGGGCCCUUAGCGAGCCCUUCCCGCCUGUUUUGUAACCGUUUCUGUAGUCGCGGGUGUUUGCAGAGCACAGAGGGCAGCUCAGCCCAUGCUGGAGGAGAGGGAAAGUUGGAUAACGGGACGGUUGACUCCUCACUGCACUGUGAAAGCCGUUAGGAAAAAGUCCUUGGGGUUAAAACCUGGGGCUCCACAGUGUUACGUGCACUUGGGGCUAGAAAUAAUUUUAAAUGGCGACUGAUCUGUCUGAAGCUGAACCCGUGCAUCAUAAGGCGCUUCCACUCUUAACGGGAACUCAGCUGAUCCACACGGACAAGUUAAGUGAGAAAGCUGAAGACGACACGAUGCCGAUCCGCCGCUCUGUUAAUUCUUCGCGAGAAACUCCUCCCAAAAGCAAACCUGCUGAAGGUGGUGAAGAGGUGAAAGCAGAUGCAGAAGCCACUUCUGAGGAAUCUGCCUCUGCUGGAGAAGAACAAGAGAAUGAAACCCUGCCUGCUGCUGCACCCAGUGAAGCAGAACAGCCAAAGGAACCUGAGAAUGAAGAGAAGGGGGAAACCAAGUCCUCAGUAGAAACCAAAAAGGACGAUAAGGAUCAGUCUAAGGAAAAGGAGAAGAAGGUGAAAAAGACCAUUCCUGCGUGGGCUACUCUUUCUGCUAGCCAGCUGGCUAGGGCACAGAAACAAACUCAGAUGGCUGCCACUUCACGUCCGAAGAUGGAUGCUAUUUUAACUGAGGCCAUCAAGGCCUGCUUUCAAAAGAGUGGCGCAUCAGUUGUUGCAAUACGUAAAUACAUCAUUCACAAAUACCCUUCCCUGGAGCUGGAGAGAAGAGGCUAUCUUCUAAAGCAAGCCUUGAAAAGAGAGCUGGAGAGAGGGAUCAUCAGGCAGGUGAAAGGGAAGGGAGCUUCUGGAAGCUUCGUGGUGGUGUCUAAUGCAGGAAAAACUGUUCAAAAAGCCAGAGACAGAAAGAAAAGCACUUCCGUUUCGACUCCAGAGCAACAGGUCAAGCUGGAAGACAUCCUGCCACUGGCUUUCACCCGCCUUUGUGAGCCAAAAGAAGCUUCUUACAGCCUGAUCAAGAAAUAUGUGUCUCAGUAUUAUCCCAAACUCAAAGUAGAUAUCAGACCCCAGCUGUUGAAGAAUGCCCUGCAGAGAGCUGUAGAAAAGGGCCAGCUAGAACAGAUCACAGGGAAAGGAGCAUCUGGGACAUUCCAGCUGAAGAAGUCAGGGGAGAAGCCCCUGCUGGGUGGGACUCUGAUGGAAGAUGCCAUCCUGUCUGCUAUUGCGGCCAUGAACGAACCGAAGACCUGCUCCACCACAGCACUGAAGAAGUAUAUCCUGGAAAACCACCCAGGGACCAACUCCAACUUCCAAGUGCAUCUACUGAAGAGAACCCUGCAGAGAUGUGAGAAGAAUGGCUGGUUGGAGCAGAUUUCUGGAAAGGGCUUCAGUGGAACCUUUCAGCUUUGCUUCCCUUAUUAUCCUAGCCCAGAUGUGCUCUACCCGGAGAAGCAGCAGGAUGAGGACUCUGAAGAAUCUGAGGAGGAGGAGGAGGAGGAAUCUGAGGAGGAAGAAGAAUCUGAAGAGGAGGAGUCUGAGGAGGAAGAGCCACCACCAAAGAAGAGGAUGCAGAAGAGACCUCCUCCAAAAUCACGGAGCAGAGCCCCUCCAAUGAAGCGAAGAGAAUCCAAGCCCAAGCCCAGAAAGACCCCAGCAGCCCACCAGGGGAAAGCAAAGCCCCCACCCAAGGUGAAAACUCCUGUGAAGAAAGCCAAACCAGCAGCCCCAGCCAUCAAGAAACCCUCUGGUGGCAGCUCUUCCAAGAAACCAACAGCUAGCGGGAGGAAGGAGGUGAAACCUUCUGCCAAGGGCAAAUCUGCCAUGAGGAAAUCUCUCCGGGCAAAGAAGUAAAUAUUUCCACUGUCAGGGAAUCCCAUGAUCAAAUCCACAAUCUUGUUUUAUAAAGUCAACGUGCAUUUGUAUUUUAGUUCUGAUGCUUAAACACUUUUUUUUUCUUCUUGAAUGAUGGGGAAAAAGCUGAAAACUAAAUCAAACCAACCUAAGCAUUUGUUAGAUCUCAGUGCUGUGCCUUGUGCCUACCCCUCCCCUGGAACAAGUCAUCUUUAGUUUCUGCAAUAGUCUUAAGACUUUUCUAGGACCUGUAAUCUGUACAUUUUAUGGUGUUCCUCUUGGGUUUGGGGGGAGGGCAGCAUUUAAAAAUUCUUCAAAGAAGUUAUUUGUAUCUUUAGGCAGCAGGAGCAUGAUGAUUGGGGGAAGUAUGAUUCUUAAUUGAGAAGGUACGACAGCACUGGAGUCCUCCUUAGAUCCCCUGCAUGAUGAGGUCCUUCCUGCUUCUGUGAAGGAGCAGUGUAAAUAUACAGCACUUGCACUGAGUCCUGGAGGUGUUCCUUUCUGCUCAGCUGUGAUGCUGGCAGGUUGAGGAGGUGUGGGCAGCUUUUUCAGCCUGGCACAGUUUGUGUGAGAGUGGGUCCAGGUCUUCAGUCAUUGGAGGCUGCCGUGUGUACCAAGCAUCUGACACCAGAGGGGCUCUAAAAGGGGUAGUUCUCAGGCGGGUGAUUUGAAUUAGUGUUUCCAUGCUACUUCUGUUACCUUAAAACCAAAAUAUAUAAAAGUCUUCUUGAAUCCAACUUUCAAAUGUUUUUAAGAGAUGAAGAGCCUAAGUUUUGUCACUUCUUGUUUACCCUUUUUUUAAAAGAAAAGUUGGAAAGCUAUACAGUUGCUAAUGUAGAGAUGUUGAUAAGUGAAGAACAUGCAGUUUGCUAAAAUAAAAUGAAACUAGAUUCCA